CUCAAAGACACCGAGGCUUUAUAAGACACGCUCUUUUCACGACGAGGAGAUGGCAAUUAUUACGGCUUUUUAGCUGCGCUAGAUUGAAGUUUUCAAAGAGCUACUUCUUUUUUCAAUUCGAAUCUAUAUUAUGAGUAUGUGGAUUAUGGGCGAUGGAAACGUUAAAAACAGCAAAAAAUAAAAAUUUUGGAUUCUUUAAAUUUCGCGCCAAACGUGAACUGGCUAUGCGUCGAUGAUGCGAACAGUGUAUUUUUGAAAUGCAGCAGCAUCCAACAUCAUCCGCCUUUAAUUUUCUACACUGACGAAUGCCAAAGAUCGUUCAUUUAAUCUUCCAGUGAUUCUAUCAGCAGGUAUACGGAAAAACAUUCGUCACGUAUACGCAGUACAAACGCAACAGUUAUAAACAUAAUCGUCGAGCUUUUUAUGCAGGAAGUCUUUUAGUCAUCGUCGAGAAAGUGUUGUAUUCUUGCUGGAAAUGUCGUCAUCCGCUGGCGAUGAUGAAAGUCCCAGCAGAAUUGUGCACUCCUUGGAGCAUGUUGAGUCAGUUGAGUCAAUGGACACCAGUGAAAUUUACAACAGUGAUCCUGAGCUGAUAAUCAAUACAGGAAGUGAUCAGUCUCCAGACAGUGAGAUGAUCGUGCCCUUUGUCAGUAGAGAAGAGGAGAGCGAGCAGCGUAGCGUACCCACUUGCUCCAAAGAUGCAGAGGUGGAAGACUUUCAAGCUCCAAAGCACGACGUUAAUGAGUUUCGCGAAAAAACCAGUGUGAAUUCAGAUGCCAAUAUGAAUUUGGAGUCAAAAGACAUGGAGAUACCCAAGCCUGGUACUCCGGUUUCUUCCAAGGCUGUGAAAAAAGCUGGUCCGUAUAUACUCGGGCCGGUAAUCGGUUCUUCUCCGGUUCAAAGUAUAGUGCAAUGCCUGGCCAGAAAAGAAGGGACUGACAAGUUUUAUACCAUUAAAAUAUUGACUCUGAAAGAUUCGAUGGAGCAGGAAACUCAGGAUGAUAGACAGGGAAAGAUGCUGUUGCAUUCCGAGUACUCCCUAUUGAGUCUUUUGCAAAAUCAAGAUGGUGUGGUGCACCACCAUGGAUUUUUUAAGGACUGUGCUCUAGAAGAGAAGGUCACACGGUCUGGAGCUGUGUAUACCGGGAGAACGAGACAAAGACUGUGCUUGAUCCUGGAUUGCCUAAUAUGUCAUGAUUUUAAUCCAAACAGCGAUGAACUGAUCAAUUUGCAGCACUAUGUUAUAAGAGAAAAAAAACUAUCAGAGAAAGAGAGUCUCUUGAUAUUUUUUGACACUGUGAGAAUCGUAGCCUGUCUACACAAGAAGAACAUAGUUCACAGAGACUUAAAAUUAGGCAACUUAGUCUUAAAUCGCCGAACGAGAAAGGUAACUAUUACAAACUUUUGCCUGGGAAAACACUUAUCAUGCGAAAACGAUCUGCUGAAAGAUCAGAGAGGAUCUCCAGCUUAUAUUUCGCCAGAUGUUUUAUGUGGCAAACCAUAUCUAGGAAAGCCCUCCGAUAUGUGGGCUUUAGGAGUUGUACUGUACACUAUGCUAUUUGGACAAUUUCCAUUUUACGACAGCAGUCCUUCGCAAUUAUUCAAUAAAAUUAAGGCCGCGAAUUAUUACAUGCCUAGUGACGGCAGAGUAUCUGAUGGUACAGUAUCUUUAAUAAGAAGUCUCCUGGUUCUUCAGCCAAAUAAACGUUUGACAGCAAUGCAAGUUCUAGAUUCAUUAACAACAAUCAUAGCGACGUUCAAAGUGCCUGUACAAAUUGGAGAAGACGAAGAUGAACAAGUCGUACCUGACAUCGAAAAUAAUGUGAAUGAGGAAGAGAGUGAUAAAAAACCGGAGAAAAAAGAAGAGGUUUCGUCGUCGCGUAUGAAAAUUUUAACCGACUUCUCUAAACAAGUUACUAUACAGGAACAAAUGCAUCAAAUGAUGAAGCAACAGCCAAGUCCUUUAGUAUCAAGACCAAAACCUUAUAGUCAAAUUCCAGUCUACAGAGUGGAUUCUGAUGCAAGGGAAAUGACUCCAGCUGAACUGGAUAAAUUUAAACACUUGCUACCCAGAGACAACCAACGUCCACAUCCGUACAAUCCUGGAAAUAGAGGUGAAGGAAUUUUACUCAGGGUCAGAGGUUGUUUGAGAAACAGGAGUAGCCCAGGGAAUCAAGUCAAUAUCCAGACCAGAGAUUACUCUGUGAGUCACAGAUCACUACCUUCUAGUAGUGGUAGUAGUAGCAGCAGUAAUGUUCAACAUAAUGCCGGCAAUGCAAUGAAUGACAGGCUUGUCCAACCCCAAGUUCACAGUUCAUCAAACCCAACUCCACAACCUGCACCUAGACCAGAUUCUAAUUCUGUCAGCAAUUUGAGAUUAGGAACUCGGGAUAUGUUCCUAUUUGAUUUUCCUUCUCGAUUACCAGCAAAUUUCUUCAAUGAAGACUACAAUAGAAUGGUCAAUCCUUCAUCUCAGGGUAGCAAUCAUGGUACUUGGACACCCCUAGCUGCUCAACUCGGUCGACCAUUACCCACAAACACCGACGAAUCACAUCCUAUCAAUCAAGAUCCACCUAACGAUCAGCCAGGAAAUAAUAAUUCAAACAUAACUCUUCGUCACAAUAACAGAGUAUUGACUGCUCCCCCUGCUACACCAGGACCGUCAAAUGGUACUCAAAGCAGUAGAAACCCGUCUAGCUCUGUCAACAUAUCAAACGAAAGCAAUAGGCCACAUGUACAACAUCAAAAUCAGCCAAGCAGAGUCAGAAGUUCCGUGGUAGACUGGUACCCGCCGUUUAUAAGUCAACAGAGUCAAAUAGACGCUAUGGAAAGAAGUAUGCUGCCCAGAAGACUAUCCCUUGGCCACAGUCGGCACUCGCCCUAUUUUACAAAUUUCCGACAAAUGAACAUGCGCUCGUUGUAUCAGUCCAAUAACGUCAGACGGACCAAUUCAGAUUCAAAUUUAGGCAGAUCUUUAGAAACAAAUUCCAGUUCCAGAAGCAACGAGAUUCUGGUUCCUAACGUUACUGUAGAACACAUUCCCCAGAAUCUUCAAAGGCAAAUAAGCAUCGAAAAUUUAGCUCAGAGAGCAAACUUAUUGAUCGGAAGCGCGUUCAGAGAAAGAUCUCGUGACGGGCCUUCGUUGUCAAACGAUGCACUAGCGAGCACAAUGAACACUUUGCGGCGGAACUUGGCCAUGCGUCUGCUAUCCGCUGUUUCCGAGUCACAGCAAGAACAAAAUAACGACAGAGGAGCUUCAUGACUGUAGAACGAGAAAAAAAACGCGUCAGAUUUAUCGUUUAUACCGAUGAUAGUAUCAUCGGCCAAGUUACCUUUAUUAGCGUUUCUUGCUAGUAACGCUGCAUAUGAAAAAAUUUAGAGUUAUAGUAUUGAACGAUUUUACAAACAAUAUGUAAGUGCCAUGUAUGUACACUCCCGAACGUUUUUAUUAUCCCGGAUGUUUUGUUUCAAAUCAUUUAUUAUGCGAAAUAUGUUUCGACAGUCAGUAGAUUCCCGCGUUUCAUCGUUUCGCAAUUCAAAAAAAAAAAUGUUAAAUGUAAGACUUUGCUUGUCCUUGUUGUUGAUAAACUCCGUGCCUUAUGUGUUGUAGAAUAAUUUAAUGAGGUCGUAUUUGUGAAGGAGUAAGUUUCAAGUUUUAAAAAAUAUCUUAGAUAUCAAUUUCUAUUUCAAAAAAGAACCUAUUCGUAUACAUGUAUGAAACAA